GAUCGUCAAGGAACGGGACGAGUCUGAUCUCUCCAGGAUUUUUGCAGACGCUCAACCAAGCCGAGCUCAUCGUCAAUAGCUACUCCAUCAAUCGUUUCAGAGGACCGCCCUGUCGAUCAACUGGAGAUGCACGACACGACCUAGUAUUCGGUGUUCACGCUGGAAUCACCCACGAUAGCGAUUCAAUCGCACCCCUUCCCACACCCCUUGCCUUUCGAGAUGACCAGUGUCAUCACGGGAACGCAGGUUGCCACUCUGGCACCUGAAGAUGCGGCUACCUUGAGAUCGUCCGAUCUCGCAUCUACCAUCGUGCCGCCUACGACCCGGCGCAAGACACGCAGUACAAGACCGCAAUCUAUUCAAACUUCGAUCAGCGAAUCCUUACCGAGAAGAGAUUCUACGGUAGGUGUACAGACUCCAUCGACAGGUUACGCUAUCGGCGCGGUCGAUAUGCGCUUUCAUCAGCAUUCAGCUCCGAUGCAGCUUCCGCCGCUGGAGCAAGUGUCUCCAUAUCGUCUUGAGCAUAUGAGCACCAUUGUGACUCCGACUUACCACCUGGCUCACUCUGUCACGCCGACCUACUUCACCCCGAGUCGCCUGACAACCCCUACUCAUGUUGGCACAUCCGUCUAUUCCACUCCAUAUUCGGUCGGGCCAUCACCCUACUUCGCCUACCCGGGAUCCGCCCCUUUCGUUUAUCCUGCAUACGCCCACCAGUCUGUUCACCCCUACCCGGCACAAGGCUACCAUAUAAUUCCGCCAGGAUCAUCUGAAGAUAUGCUGCCUCAUCAGUCGGCCAGGCAUGCCGCGUUGCAUCAUCAGCACAACCUUGGAAACGCUCCCUACCUUCAUCUUCCUCAGUCCCCGUCUCCGCUACCUCCCAAUGCUUUGUCCUCCAGACCCACUUCGGUACUACUUCCCGCGAGGACGGACACCGUUCCAAAAGACAGCAAGCGCAAGCCGCAAGAGUCGAAUGUCGAAUUCGACAGGCGAACACUGAUACAUAGUCGAAGUGCUGAUCUGGGGUUGCAUCCUGACGGGGUGGAGUUACCGCCAGUUCCAGACGCCAUACGAUCCCAUAAGCGGACUGCCAGUGCCAGCACUGUGUCGACUUCAGGGCCAAGCGCUGUCUCUCAGCAUCUGGGACGCAACGGAACCCGACUUCCUUCAGAUGCUACACAUCCGCUGCAUCAAAGAUCGCAUUCGGAUUGGUCACACAUCCGUCGGGGUACGGCGCAGCGACUAGAGAUCAGGUGUAGCGUCACUGAGGGCAGGAGGCUCGUGUUUCCAGAUAGCACGCCUGGCUCUCUGGAUCACCCGACUCGAGAAGAGCUGUCCCUCAGGAGCGGGACAGAGUCGCCGUCGCGUGACGGGAUCGACGUGGCUUCGACCCCGGAUCACAGGCAGAAGCAUAACAGUGAAAGAACAACGCUGGCACCUAGCCUCCGCACUCUGGAUGACGGCACUGCGAUAGUACAGGAGAGAGCGGUUCUGCGGUCUGACUUGGCAUGGUUGUGUCAGGCCGCGCCCAAGCUCGCGCCCGAGGCGAAAAUAGAGGAGGAAGAUGGGCAAGAUUGGAACGAGUUGGGUCAGCUUGCGUUGACAACGCCGAGACGGGCGAAGGUUGAAACUGUCGAAGAGACAAACAGCGCCAAGAAGAGGAAGCGCUUGGAAGCUUCUGCCGACGGUCGAGACCUACCGGCCACUGCAGCGAUGUUGCCCGCAUCUCCGUCAAAGAGAAGAGGGAAAUACUCCCUGUCUACGGAUCUUGGAUCUUCGAUAACUUCUGUGGAGCACUUCGGCAGAUUGGCGAUCAAGCAAGAGCUGGCGUUGCAAUUCCUAGGCCUCGACGGAUCCGACGUGGAAUCCGAAGCGAAGGCUGACGGCGAUGAAGAAAAGGACAGCGAGCCCGCCAAGGUGACGGCUGAUCGCCAUUCUCGUGAGAAACAGUCACCGAUAUCGAUCAGUACCAAAUCCACUCGAGCAACAAAUGCCAUUCUUGCACAUGCUCCUGACUGGCCAGACUCGAUGCCUCCAUGGACACAAGAAAUCGAUUGGCUGCAAAAACGCCAGCUGCAACAAACAACAAUGCUCGAGAGAGAGAAGACUUCUUCGCUUGAGCGUUAUCUUGAAGCGCCUAGCGAGGAUGAAAGCAGCGAUACAGACUCGCGUGCUGUUCUGAUGAAACACCUCAAAGAGAGAGGCAGGACAAGCAAGACAAGUUCGGAUGCCCGAGAAGCAGUACUACGCGCCAAACAAAAGGGUAAAACUCUUGUAGAGCGCGAUCUCGAGAUCGGUGCCGCACUGCCCAUCAUAUCUCCUGCCGAAGAAGCCGGUUGCCUAUGCGGCGGCCGCAACGAAGAAGGUGGGGGCAUGGUGUGCUGUGACGGUUGCUCCACUUGGUACCACCUCUCUUGUUGUGGUAUCGCAAGUGAAGACGAGCUGGAAGAUCAAUGGUUCUGCCGACGGUGUGAUGUUGAAGGACCGGUGUCUCACGUCCUCGACUCGCCUCCUGAUCCAAUCGGCGUUCCUGUCACACCCAAAUUGAGGCAAGCGCUUGGCCCAACAUUCUCGGCGACUGAUGAGACCGCACGGAGCUACCAUGCGCAUACGAGUGAUGCGGCACUGGCGCCUUCGCCCACUUUUUCGCCUGGCGCUCAUUUCCCUACCCCGUUGAUGGAUACCCCUGCACUGUACGCGAGCCCUCGUCUUCCUUCGGGCUCGAGCGUUGCGUCCAAGUCCGCCAUUCCUGGGUCGCCCAGGACCUACACAAAGCCGAGGAUAGUAUCCUAUGCCGAACACUACAAUAUCUGCCAAACUCCUGGGGCGCCGGAUUCCGACUACAAGAAGAUAUACUCUACUCCAAAAUUCGAAGACUUCUUCGACACUGGCGUAAUGCAAUCGGGUUCUACACCUGUGCAGCGGAAUGGGGGUAGCCCAACUCCCCUGAACAAGCCCAGGAUCGGAGGGCUCGGCUUUCCAGCAUUUACGACGCCCACUACGAGCCAAAAUUUCUUGAGAUCUCUUCAGAUCGGAGCGACCGGAUCCACUCCCGCUCUAGACUUCCUACCAUCCUCUGCCAGCGGAGCUUCACAAUCACCCUUUCCGAUCUCGCCGGUACUGUCUUCUGCAAACAGGUACAAGUACCCUUCGGUCAUUACGGACAGUAUCUCCCCAUCACCAUACAGGGAGCACAGGCGACAAGUGUCGUUUGGAGCCAGAUCAACGAGCUUCAGCGCCAGUGCCUCGCAUUUACGAGACUCGGUGACAUUCGAGGGCGUGGAGAAGGGACCUCUCGAUCUAGGCGGAGAACUGAAAGCACUGCACAGGAAUAAUUACGCCAACUGAUGAUGACCAUACCCGACCCAUUACGACACGAGACGUCCGGGCGUACCAGCCUGACCUAGACAUGACCAUUUGAUAUCCGUUGUAUACGCCGCUCGUGGGCUUUGGCACGUGUGAAUCCCGCGUUUGUAAGGUCUUUAGAUUGCCAAUUCCUACUCCUUGUAUAUUGACACGCACUCUAUGCCGACUGUGGGACUUUAUCUGUGCGUGUUUCAUCCUGUUGAUUACGUCAUACAUCGAUGCGACCC